GACCCGCAGAGACCAGCAGCGACCAGCGGAGAGAAAAAAGCGACAGACAGCAGGAAGAUGAGAGAAAUAGUUCACAUCCAGGCGGGACAGUGCGGGAACCAGAUCGGAACCAAGUUCUGGGAAGUGAUCAGCGACGAGCACGGCAUCGACCCGGCAGGGAGCUACGUGGGCGACUCGUCUCUUCAGCUGGACAGGGUCAACGUCUACUACAAUGAGGCCUCCUCACAUAAAUACGUCCCCCGGGCUGUGUUGGUCGACCUGGAACCAGGAACCAUGGACAGCGUGCGCUCGGGCGCCUUCGGACAGCUCUUCAGACCAGACAACUUCAUCUUUGGUCAGACAGGUGCGGGGAACAACUGGGCCAAAGGUCACUACACUGAGGGGGCGGAGCUCGUGGACUCGGUCCUGGACAUAGUGAGGAAGGAGUGCGAGCACUGCGACUGUCUGCAGGGUUUCCAGCUGACUCACUCUCUGGGAGGGGGCACCGGCUCCGGCAUGGGAACCCUGCUGAUCAGCAAGAUCCGGGAGGAGUACCCGGAUCGGAUCAUGAACACCUUCAGCGUCAUGCCUUCACCUAAGGUGUCAGACACCGUGGUGGAGCCUUACAACGCCACCCUGUCGGUCCACCAGCUGGUCGAAAACACGGACGAGACCUACUGCAUCGACAACGAGGCCCUUUACGACAUCUGCUUCCGCACUCUUAAACUCACGACGCCCACCUACGGCGACCUCAACCACCUGGUGUCGGCCACCAUGAGCGGCGUGACGACCUCGCUGCGUUUUCCCGGGCAGCUCAACGCAGACCUUCGCAAGCUGGCGGUCAACAUGGUGCCCUUCCCCAGACUCCACUUCUUCAUGCCGGGAUUUGCUCCUCUGACGGCUCGGGGAAGCCAGCAGUACCGAGCGCUCACCGUUCCCGAGCUCACCCAGCAGAUGUUCGACGCUAGAAACAUGAUGGCGGCCUGCGACCCUCGCCACGGACGAUACCUGACCGUCGCCACCGUCUUCCGCGGGCCCAUGUCCAUGAAGGAGGUGGACGAGCAGAUGCUGAACGUCCAGAACAAGAACAGCAGCUACUUCGUGGAGUGGAUCCCCAACAACGUCAAGGUGGCCGUCUGCGACAUCGCUCCCCGAGGGCUCAAGAUGGCCGCCACCUUCAUCGGCAACAGCACGGCCAUCCAGGAGCUGUUCAAGCGGAUCUCGGAGCAGUUCUCCGCCAUGUUCCGCCGAAAGGCUUUCCUGCACUGGUUCACGGGCGAGGGCAUGGACGAGAUGGAGUUCACAGAGGCGGAGAGCAACAUGAACGACCUGGUGUCCGAGUACCAGCAGUACCAGGAGGCCACCGCCAACGACGGCGAGGAGAACUUUGAGGAUGACGAGGACGAGAUUGUCGAGUAAGGAGAACCAACAAGACGGGAGCUGGAAUGCAGAGCGGCAGCUUGACGAGCUAAUCACAGAACACGAAGACAACUGAAGCCCAAUCAGCUAACGGCAGAGGCGUGUCAUCGCCUGGAAAAACAAACG